AUGCAUGAUCACAAGAGAAUUAAUCUUCUACUGCUUCUUCUCUUGCAUGAAGAAGCUCCUGAUACUGGCAAUAUCAAUUCCUUGACAGAAGUUGCAUAUGCAACUGUAAAUUUUGAGUUUCUAUUGCAAAAUUGGGUUCACAUUGGAUGUGAGGUUUGCCCUAAUCACAUGAAACUACAGAUUGAUGGAGAGAUUGUUGGAGAAAAACCGCUGUCAUCAAAUAAGGAACCCAGUUCAAAUGAUUUGAGGAAAAUAGUUUUGGCAAAUAUUGGUGGAGAUGGAAAUAUUUCACACGGUUAUGUGUACAAUUUUCAAGUUUUCCCUUCUAUUUCAUCUAUUAAAGAUCACCAUAUGAAGGAUCCUCCUCUAAAGUUAUCUAUUGAUGAGUCAUCUGCCUCUGAGAUUGAAGAAGAAAGUGAUGGUGUUUGGAGCAUUGUUGGUGGCAAGUGGGAUCUUCAAGGUGCUUGCAGACUGUACUUGUCCAGUGAAGGGCACAUUGACUUAAAUGGAAUGUCUCCUGUCUGCUGUUGUAACCAGCAGUGGGAUCUUCAAGGUGCUUGCAGACUGUACUUGUCCAGUGAAGGGCACAUUAACCACUGUAUUGUUCUGAUGAUCUUGGAAAAACUGUGGCAUAGACCUUUCACAUAG